CCUGCGGCCUGCGGGGGAAGCGGAUCGAGGAAGGCAGGAAGCCAUGGCCUGCUUGGAGUUGGAGGGGACUGCGGCCUCGCCGGCCUACACCCGGGCGUGGUGGUGGCGGCAGACCGGCAGUAGGUGGACUGGUGGAGUGCGGCGCCUACAGGGAGGAUUGGGGCCUUGGGGGGACGGAUCGGCGGAGCGCCGGAGCGAAUCGGCGCGGGCGGUGGUGGCACUGGUGGGAGACGAGGCGGAGGUGGGGGAUGAGACGAUGCGCCGUGCGCCCGUGCGCGAGGAGGAGGCUAGGAGGGGCGAGACGGCCCGUGGCUGCUGUGGCGGCGCCGCCGGGGGCCUUGGGGGGACGGAUCGGCGGAGCGCCGGAGCGAAUCGGCGCGGGCGGUGGUGGCACUGGUGGGAGACGAGGCGGAGGCGGGGCACGAGACGAUGCGCCGUGCGCCCGUGCGCGAGGAGGAGGCCAGGAGGGGCGAGACGGCCCGUGCCCCGUGGCUGUUGUGGCGGCGCCGCCGCCCGCUGGCGCGAGGAGAGGGUUAGGGCGGCGUGGCUGCUGUAGUGCUGUGGCAGUAAUUUUCUUUUCCUUUUUCUUUUCUACUCCACCUGGUUUUGGCUUGCAAACAGGUGGACCGUGGACGCCUGGACGGGACGCCGGGACGGGGCGUUGGGGACUGGACUGCGCCUGCCGUUUGGGUAAUUGGGUAGUUCGGGUAUCGGAGCUUGAAACCCGAACAAACCUGAAACUCAAUCGGGUUUUAGCAUAUGCUACCCGCCAAAUGAGUUUGGGCAUCGGGUAAUGGGUAUUUCGGGUUUGGGUCCGGGUUUUCUCGGGUUCGGGCAUUGGAUCCGGGUUUUAUGCCCGGAGCUAGGUUCCAUAGGCAGUUUGAUAGUAUUUUUCGGAUUUGUCACUUUCUUUGCAUAUAAACUAAGAAAGCAGCGACACCAGGAGAUGCAUGAAGGGGAUGAAGAGUUUGGAGAGCUACCAGGAAUGCCAACGAGGUUCACAUUUCAGCAGCUACAAGAAGCAACUGACCAAUUCAGACACAAGCUUGGGGAAGGAGGAUUUGGGUCUGUUUUUGUGGGGCAAUACGGUGAAGAAAGAAUUGCGGUUAAACGUUUGGAUCGGGCUGGUCAGGGUAAGAGAGAAUUUUUAGCAGAGGUUCAGAUAAUCGGCAGCAUCCAUCACAUUCAUCUAGUGAGGCUGAUUGGUUUCUGUGCAGAGAAAUCACAUAGGCUUUUGGUGUAUGAGUAUAUGCCCAAAGGGUCCUUGGAUAGGUGGAUCUAUUACUCACAUGGCAAUGAUGCUCCCUUUCUGGACUGGCAAACUAGACGCAAGGUUAUUUCUCACAUUGCUAAGGGUCUAUGUUAUCUACAUGAGGAGUGCAUGAAGAGGAUUGCUCACUUGGAUGUCAAACCACAAAACAUCCUCUUAGAUGAAAACUUCAAUGCUAAAAUUUCUGAUUUCGGAUUAAGUAAGCUCAUUGAUCGGGAUAAGAGCCAAGUGAUUACAAGAAUGAGAGGCACACCUGGAUAUUUAGCUCCUGAGUGGUUGACAUCCCAAAUCACAGAAAAAGCCGAUGUAUAUAGCUUUGGCGUUGUGGUCAUGGAAAUCAUCAGCGGUAGAAAGAAUCUUGACACUUCACGGUCUGAAGAAAGCAUCCAUCUUAUUACCCUUCUGGAAGAAAAGGUGAAGAGUGAUGAGUUAGAAGAUUUGAUUGACAAGUACAGUAGUGAUAUGCAAGUACACAAGCAAGAAGUAUUGGAGAUGAUGAGGCUUGCAAUGUGGUGUUUACAAAUUGAUUCUAAAAGAAGGCCUCAAAUGUCUGAUGUGAUCAAAGUCUUGGAAGGUCACAUGAAUGCAGAAAGCAAAAUUGAUCAUAACUUUGUCGCAACAAGUAAAACAAUGUUUGGUAUUGCUGAAAAUACAGGUUCCUCAGAUCCACCUCAAGCCUCACAUUUAUCAGGCCCCAGGUGAAAUUGGGGUAACUGUGAGAAGUUAGUAGCCUAGGUUAGACACAGAUAUGUGUAUCUAGGAAAAGCCAUUACCAGUUUUAUUUUUUCCCAAGUUACUAUAAUUCUUUUGUUUGGUUUCCCAUUGUAACACAAAUCUGUUCUAGCAGUUUUCUUUUUCUGAAAGUUAUAAUCAAAAUGCUAAUAUGAACAGGCUCAAAGCAAAUUGGGAGUUGGGUUUUUUU